AUGCUCGGCUGCGGAGUAAAAAAGCAUGUCGUUAUCGAUGUUGCAUUAAACGCAUCCAUCUCCUCCGAGGCCUCCCCUCCCCAGCAGUUCUGCAAGUACUUUGCCGGUCUUGCCGUGCGCGCUUCCUUUCUCCCUUCUCUACUUGUCUAUUUUUCUUCUUCUUUUCUCUGUGCCGCCAUGGCCUCCAUCAUCAUCGUCGUGAUUGCGUGCAGCAAGUCCCUCUACAAGGCGACCCAGAAACGACGCAACAAGAAGCGCGAGCUCGCCGACUUUGCCCACAAGCCCAGCGUCCGUCGCCGCUCCACCGCCCAAGCUCGACGUCCGCGCCGGAUUCUCAACAGCACCAGCAGUAGCAGCGGCGGCGGCGGCUACAACUCGACGACCUACAACAGCAACGGCCUCGUGCCCCGGCCCGAUGAGCCCUUCGAGCUGACGUCCCCCAGCGAUCUGGCAGACUUGGAGUCUCUCACGAGGGCGAGCACCAUUGCGUCCGAGUCGGGCCACAGCCGUCGCAGGAUGAGUGACGAGUCGACCCUCGCCGAGGUGGCUCGUGAUGGGGCGUGGACGGCGAGGACUUAG